GCUGGCUUUGGGGGUUGCGGUCCUCUCGCAGCUUACAGGUCACAUGGAACUGCGCUGCGCGGGAGGAGGUGAGGUUUCGUUCGGCGAGUCGCCAAACCGCGCUGUGCCGGCUCCUCCGGGACUUUAGGGUCCCGCAAUGGCUCCUUCAGGGGAGUGAUUCGGCCAGACCGAGAGACACCAGAGGCGACGGCCUCCGCGUGCGCAGGGGGAUGCAGCUGACCGCCCCCACCCGGUAGGAUUCCACUGCGCACGCUUUUCCCAGUCCCUUUGGCAUCGCAACAGGAUUAGGGGUGGCCGCAGCUGGCACAGUGAGCAGCUGUUGGGGCUGGCGCAGCCAGGAAGGGCCUGAGCCCGGGAUCCUGCGCCCUGGGUAGGCGGGCUUCACUGUGGCCAGCCCCGGGCUCCUGCCGCUUCUUUCCGCAAGAUCUCAGGGACCUCGGAAGGGCGUCCUUCUGCGCGGCACAGGCCGGCUUAAGCGCGGGGAUGAAUGAGCGUAGCGGGGAGGCCGCUUCCCCACCCUUCAACCUCUUCGGCUGCGCCGCAAGGCCAACAGGAAGGCGCCAGCCGGGCGUGCCGGAGUCCAGGUUUGACUUGCACUGAUCUGGGCCUAAGGUCCAGGAUGGUUUGUUCCUGGGACCAGACCUGACCGGAAGUUGGCCUCAUGAGCACGUCAGGCUCCCCAGCUGCCAUGCUGCUCCGGAGGCUCCGGCGGCUCUCCUGGAGCAGCACGGCCGUCCAGCUCUUCAUCCUCACGGUGGUGACAUUUGGCCUGCUGGCCCCCCUGGCCUGUCACCGGCUUCUACACUCUUACUUCUACCUUCGCCAUUGGCAUCUGAACCAAAUGAGCCAGGAGUUCCUGCAACAAAGCUUGAAGGAGGGGGAAGCUGCCCUACACUACUUCGAGGAGCUGCCCUCCGCCAACGGCUCAGUGCCCAUCGUCUGGCAGGCCACCCCACGGCCCUGGCUGGUCAUCACCAUUGUCACAGUGGACAGGCAGCCUGGCUUCCACUACGUCUUGCAGGUGGUGUCCCAGUUCCACCGACUUCUCCAACAGUGCGGCCCCCAGUGCGAGGGGCACCAGCUCUUCCUGUGCAACGUGGAGCGCAGUGUGAGCCAUCUCGAUGCCAAGCUGUUGUCCAAGUAUGUCCCCGUGGCCAACCGCUACGAGGGCACUGAGGACGAUUAUGGCGACGACCCUUCCACCAACUCGUUUGAGAAAGAGAAGCAGGACUAUGUCUAUUGCCUGGAGUCGUCCCUGCAGACCUACAACCCAGAUUAUGUCCUUAUGGUGGAAGACGAUGCCAUUCCAGAAGAGCAGAUCUUCCCAGUCUUGGAGCACCUUCUGCGGGCUCGCCUCUCUGAGCCGCACCUCAGAGAUGCCCUUUAUCUAAAGCUCUACCAUCCCGAGAGGCUCCAGCACUACAUCAACCCGGAGCCCAUGCGGAUCCUGGAGUGGGUUGGUGUGGGCAUGUUGCUGGGCCCCUUACUAACCUGGAUAUACAUGCGGUUCGCCAGCCGUCCAGGGUUCAGCUGGCCCGUCAUGCUGUUCUUCUCUCUGUAUAGCAUGGGCCUGGUGGAGCUGGUGGGCCGCCACUAUUUCCUGGAACUGCGGCGGCUCAGCCCUUCCCUGUACAGCGUGGUCCCGGCUUCGCAAUGUUGCACCCCGGCCAUGCUCUUUCCUGCCCCAGCGGCCCGCCGGACCCUCACCUACCUGUCCCAGGUGUACUGCCACCAGGGCUUUGGCAAGGACAUGGCACUGUACUCACUGCUGAGGGCCAAGGGGGAGCGGGCCUAUGUGGUGGAACCCAACCUUGUGAAACACAUCGGGCUCUUCUCCAGCCUGCGGUACAACUUUCACCCCAGUCUGCUCUAGCGGGCCAUGAGCUGCCUCUCUGAAAUCGGCGGCUUUUUAGAGAUUCAAACACUGAGCUCUGUAUUCCGAUGUGGUUGGUUGCAGGUAAUUCGUUGUUUAACGUUGCCAGGGAUAUAAGCACUAACACUGCAGAGGAACAGACCAGUCAAGAACCUUGGCGCGAACGGCAGUUGGCCACAGAUCCGGACCCCUGUCCCCCCACCCAGCCACGCUGCCUCGGGCAGUCUGAUCCGCCCAACAAGGGGGCAUUUAAAUACCAGUUGUAUUCUCCAGUUGUGUUCAGCUCUGCUUCGUGACAGAGAUUGUGACUGCCAAAAAUAUUGUGCACAGUGAUUCGACUGUUUCAGGAUUUUAAGGGCAGAAUUGGUGAAAGGUUAGAUCCUUUUGAAUGGAUUUCUUUUCAUGGGGCAUGAGAAUGGCUGUGUUUCGAAUAUAUGUCUAAACGGGCAGGACCGUGUCGAUCAUUUCCACCUGUUCCCUUGAGCUGGUAGAAUGAAGGCCAAUAAAAGCCACACAGCGCCUGGCAGCUUGGAGGCGGGUGGCCUGCCUUUCUCUCUUCUGCGUUGUGGUGCACUGAUGAUCACUAUUGUUCGUGAGAUCUUUAAGGCACAGCAAAAUUUGAAAGCACCUUAUGGAUCAUCAAAAUCAGAUUGCUUAUGUUUAUUAGUGAUUUAGUAUCGAAGAUUUUGGUCAUAUUCUGAUUAUUUGAAAAGUGGACAUUGCAGAAUGAUGUAGAAUGGGUGAGUUUCUUACUCACUCUAUAUCCCUUUUCCUAACUGGCUGGCUAACCAUUCAUCCUCAUUUUUUUCUCCUAGGUAGCAUGGUGUUAUAGAAGGAAAAAACAUGGGCUGUGAAGUCAGAAGACCUGAGCUUUUAUUUCAGAUCUCUCAUGUCCCAGUGGUGUGACCUUGGGCAAGUCAUAACCACUCUGAGUCUCAGUUUCUUCACCUGUAAAAUGGGGGCAGUGGGACCUACCCUUCGUAGUUGACUUGUGGUUUAAAUGAAGAAUGUAUGCAAAACACCUAAUAAGUGCUCAGCCCAGAGAGGGCACUUGGCAAAUUUUGGUUCUUUUCUCUCCUGUAAUAAGUAUAUAAAGCUCAAGUGUAUUUUGGAUAAAGAUAUUAAUGAUAUUGUUUAGAGUGGGGGUCCCCAGCCCCUCCCCAACCCUGGGCCAUGGACCAGUACUGGUCCACGGGUCGUUAGGACCCGGGCCACAUAACAGGAGGUGAGCGCCAGUGAGCAACUGGAAGCUUUACUCACAUUACGGCCAGAGGUCCGCCUCCUGUGGUCCCCACCCCUCUCCUGGUCCAUGGAAAAACUGUCUUCCAACUGGUCCCUGGUGCCAAAAAGGUUGGCGACUGCUGGCUGAGUGUGAGACAGAACACAGCUGACACCCAUGAAGCAGCCGCUCCAGACCAACCACUACAAUGAACACUGACUUGUCAUUGUGAUGUCUGCGGGGUAUACAGCUCCAGUCAAGCCAAAACGACUUCCCAUUCAAACUGGAAGUGAUCUGAGGCUCCUUUUGAGCUUCUUCCAAGACUAUCAUCUAAAAAUUACUUCUCUUGAGUGCUACAAAUAACUGGCCUUUGAUGACACUUACCAAACCAGUGGGCAAAUCCCUUCAUGAGGACACAUGACUGAAUAAGAGUUCAAGCAUUUGUCUGUUUUGUUUCAGAGCCACAUCUUCCCUUUGCUUUUACAUUUCCACAGUGAGCUUCCAUUUGGAGAUCCACUCAACACAGAGAGAGGAGUUGGGGGGAGGAGGGAGGCUUUAGCACCCCACUUCACAGAUGAACAAACCGAGACCCAGAGGUAUCAGACAACUUCUCCAAUUUCACACAGCUGAGCAGGACUGAAACAGCUCUUCUGACUUUCAGCUUUUUUCUUAACCGCAUUCAUUUUAUAAAUAUCUGUGUAGUCAAAUUCUCUCCUGUAAAAUCCGAUUGUAACCUGGACUGAAUAAUGUUUCUGUAGACUGAGGUGUGAGAAAUUCUUUGUCGUGUGGGUCUUGGGGAACGAGCAGGUCGCAGUGUGUGUUGUGUUGUUGUAGUGACCUGUUAGGUGUCUCCCGGCAAUGCCCAAAGCGAUCGGAGCUAGUAGAUGACUUACUAAGAUGUUCAUAUUCCACACCUUCCCUCCUCCUCACCCAGCAACUGGUCCACUCCCAUGUUUUAGAAAAGGACCACCCUCAACCUAGACCUUAUUAGAAUUUGUUGCAUUAAUCAUUGGAUCUUAUGAAUUUUUUUAUGGUCCCGUGAGAGGGGGGCCACGUUUAAGCUAGUCAGCCUCAAGCUAGGGAGUCACUGCUGGUUUCCAUCUCUGCUCUUUCUGAUUCAGUUGUCCACUGCAUGCGGACAUCCCCUCCUGACUCCUCCGUUCUGGACAGCCAAGGCCAUCUUGGCCUUGUCUGAUUUUUCUACCUGCGUACCAAGACCUCUUCUCCCGUUGAUCCUAACUAGUGUCUUCCAUCCUUGGACAUUUCCUGCAGCUGAGUGCUGCCCUUUUAUCUCUACCCACUUCUAGAUUUCCCCCCCUUUUUUCCCUCACACCUAGAGUCCAAUUUUCAUAUUUUGUCCUUGAUUAGGACAGCCGACAGCUUCACGCCAAAGCUGAAGUCCCUUGUUUAAUCCUAAGCAAGGGGACUUGAGGAGACCUCGAGUCCCCUUCCCAUAUCAAGGGACACACAGGUUGCCAGGUGGGUGAAGGUUUCUAACAGUCCUGCUCAUCUUUCAAAGUUUAAAUUAUUGUCAGGCCUAAGAAGGUCUCAUUUGUGACUGAUUGUAUUUGCGUAGACAUAUCACUUAAAAUAAAAGCACCCAUUCCACUAAGGUAUCCUGAGAAGA